GCUUCGCAACCGCCAGCCGCCCCGCGCCCCCAACUCCGGCUGGCCCGGGGUGCGAACCCCCGCCCCGCCCCCCGCCCUCUCGCCCGGCCCACGGGGGACGUGCCGCUGCCGACUCGCGCCUGCCACUUGAUAGCAGGGCACACCCGGAGAGGACGCGGAGCCAUGAGCCGCCUGCCCCGGAGGGUGGCGGCGCUGCUGCUCGGGCUGCUCGUGGAGUGCACAGAGGCCAAGAAACACUGCUGGUAUUUUGAAGGACUCUAUCCAACAUAUUAUAUAUGCCGCCCGUACGAGGACUGCUGUGGCUCCAGGUGCUGCGUGCGGGCCCUCUCCAUCCAGAGACUCUGGUAUUUUUGGUUCCUGCUGAUGAUGGGCGUGCUCUUCUGCUGCGGAGCCGGCUUCUUCAUCCGGAGACGCAUGUACCCACCGCCGCUGAUCGAGGAGCCUGCAUUCAACGUGUCCUACACCCGGCAGCCCCCGAACCCCGCACCAGGAGCCCAGCAGCCGGGGCUGCCGUAUUACACCGACCCUGGAGGACCGGGGAUGAAUCCCGCCGGAAAUACUGUGCCGAUGGCUUUCCAGGUGCAGCCCAACUCACCCCAGGGAAGCAUGGCCUACCCUCCGCCCCCUUCUUACUGCAACACGCCCCCGCCCCCGUACGAACAGGUGGUGAAGGCCAAGUAGCGGGGCGCUGCCCGGCGCCUGCCUGUGCGACCUCACGGGGGAACGGGGAGGGGCGCUCUCACCGCACCUCUCAGUCCCCAUCAAUGUUCGCUUCUGGGAAUUGU